AUUACGAGCACCCACUUUUCCUGAGCACACUCGCUACCGAGCUAUGUCCGCUCUGUUCUCAGAAUACUUGGCUACGGACGAUACGACCAUCCUACUUGGGCUCAUCGCAGCUACCGUAUUUCUACUGAACAAUCUCUACAAGCCUCAGCCUUCCAUCCACCCCAUCCUCCUUGGGCGUCAGAGUGACGUUGCACGCGUGCGCAAUCCCGGAGAGAGUGCUGUCUAUCGAAACUAUGGCACUGGAUUAAUGGGUCGGUUCCCGCUUCGACCGGCAAAGGAUGUGCACAUUCUUGCAGACAUGCUGAAACCUGACUCGGACGCGCCGCGAACCCUCUGGUCGACCAAAGUUAGCAACCCCGUUCUUCAAGACCGAAUCGCGGCCUUCGGCACAGGCCUUCUGCGACUGGCAGGUUUGGAGGUGGGAGAAUCCAAUGUCUUGCUAUUGCUGAAUGAUUGCGUCGAGUUCGUUAUUGCUGACUUUGCCCUCGCGUCGCACUCCAUUCCAUCAUUCACCCUGUCAUCGUCCACCCUGCUAGCGCCUGUGUUGGAAUCGCACCCCCCAUCUGCCAUCGUAACCCACGCGUCGUUGCUGACCUCGGUUCUUGAACUGAUUUAUGACGCGGGCGAGGCCAAUCGGAACCAUACUAUCAUUGUCGUGGGAGAACCAAGCUCGCAGGCCCUCGCCAGUGUUGCAAGCCGAGUCCAAGUUCUGAGAUGGGCCGAUGUUGAACGCGAAGGGGUCAAGACUGAGAAAAUUCUGAGCCCUAUUCCGAAACCCAGCGACGUGUUCACUGUGUCGUUCUUCGCUUCUGAGUCGGGACAGAUUCAAGGAGCUCAACUUUCCCAUGAAAACAUUACCGCUGGGGUAGCUGCAGUCCGAGCAAUGCUGCCUCUGUCACACACUCUCACCCAAUUGGACACCAUUAUCUCCGCUCAUUCGAUCAGUACGGCAUAUGGACGAGCGAUUGCAUACACGGCAUUGUAUGAGGGCACCAGUUUCGCCACGCUCGAUAGCGCCAAGCUCUUUGUCGACGAAGAUUCCACCCCCCGAAUUGAUUUGCAAGACGUUCUUUCGAGUAGAAAUUAUCCGAUACCUCCUGCAAGCGUGUUGUUUGUGAAGCCUGGACACGUGCAGGCGCUGGUCGACGCUGUUUCCAAGGAAUCCCGCAAGUCGUUUUUGUAUCCAUUCGCAUGGAGACACAAAAUGGCCAGUAUGUCGGAAGGUUUCAUUGCCAAAGAUGGACUGUGGGACCGACUGGUGUUCGAUGCUGCUCGUGCGAAAGCUAUUGGAGACGGAUCCAAUGCUCUGCGGGCGAUUAUCUCGAGCGAGGGUUCCAUCCCCGCAAACGAGUUGGCUCCGUCGCGGAUCUCGCUGUCCAUUCCCAUCAUUAAUUGCUAUUCCCAUCCGUUGGUCGCUGCGCCGGUUCUUGCGUCACAUGCGCUGGACGUGCAGGACUUGGAGCCGGACUCGACCGGGCCGGCUCAUACUGGGCCGCCAGGGAUCAAUGUCGAGGUCAAGCUGGUCGGCGUAGAAGACGAUCGUGUUGAGAGCGGCGAGAAUCCGUCGGGCAUUCUGAUGGUGCGGGGACCCCCAGUCGGAAGACUGACUAGUAUGGAGACGAGCUAUGUCAAUAUCGAAACGGGAGAGGAGGACGGAUGGAUCGGCACUGGGCUGCGCAUGACAGUGCAAACCAACGGCGCAUUUCGAUUGGCUCUCUAAGGGGAUGUCAAUGACAUAACCACAAAUAACGCGUCUCUGCGCUGUACCCAACGUUCUUCCGGUACAGUGUCAUUAAAUAACAUGCAAUGUCAACAAGUAUCGCUAUGGGAUUUAUCGGGUCUAAGAGAGACUAGGCCACUUGCCG